AUGGCGGUGGGUGGGUGGUUGGCCGUCGGCUGGGGCCACCCGUCUCGGCCAUUCGUCAGUGACCACGAUGAACUCGAGCCAGGCGCCGGGGCCAAGGCCAAGUACGGCGACCUUGUUGUGCUCUUUGGCGGACGGCGCAUGCUGUAUCCCAUCAUCCUCUCCCAGGGAGAGACAGUACACGUCAAGGCCGGGCUGUUCCACCAUGACGAUGUCGUGGCCAAACCCUUUGGCACCAUUAUCCGCUCGCGCAAGGCCCGGGAAAACUACCUGCAUCUGCUGCGGCCGACGCCCGAGCUGUGGACUCUCUCGCUGCCGCACCGGACUCAGAUCUUGUACACGCCCGACAUCUCGCUGGUCACCUCCAAGCUCCUCCUUGCUCCAGGCUCGGUAGUGGUCGAGUCGGGUACGGGAUCGGGCUCGCUCUCGCACGCUCUCGCACGGACGGUCGCGCCGGGUGGGCAUGUGUAUACCUUUGAGUUUCACGCCGGCCGCGCCGCCACUGCCACUGCAGAGUUUGUCGCCCAUAGCAUCGCAGACGUGGUGACAUGCACUCAGCGCGACGUGUGCGCCCACGGCUUUGGCCUCCCGGGCAUCGGCCUCGAGCACAACUACGCCGACGCGCUGUUUCUCGAUCUGCCGGCCCCGUGGUCCGCCGCCGCCGCCGCCUACAACGUCCUCAAGUGCGAGAGCAUCAUGUGCUCCUUCUCGCCCUGUAUUGAGCAGGUCCAGCGCAUGUGUGUCAGGCUCCGCGAGCUCGGCUUUGUCGAUAUCCACACCGUCGAGAACGUCCACAUGCCGAUGGAGGUCAAGGAGCGCCAGCUCUCGGUCCCGCCCUACCUUGCCCACGGCGCCAAGCGCGCCGGCGACGACGCCGGCUCUGACGACGAGGCCUCGUCCACCGCGCCCAAGCGGACAAAGAGCCUUGACGGCUCCGUCCGCCCCGCCUCGCACUGGGCCGCCCGCAACUUUGCCAAGAUCGGCGGCCACUCGGGCUACCUCACCUUUGCCCGCAAGCCUGUCGACGCUGCACCCACUGUCCCGGCCGACUACACCGACCCGCCUCUGGCUGGCGCCCCGGCUGCUGCUACUACCACCACCACUGCUACCACUACCACUACUACCACUGCUGCGUCCUCUGCCCAGGCAACAUCAGACCAAUAA